AUGCCUUCGACAAUACCAUCAAAGAUCCAGCGAUCUGCUGGCGUGCUAUCCUCAGCCGCAAUCAGAAUCCCAGCGCGCAGUGCAGCAUCAUCAGCCUCGGGCUUGCACCGAACUAUCUCCGCACCGACAAGAGGACUGGUCACAUCUCAUCAGAACCGUGUCCUCCCCAGCCGUCUGGCACCAUCAUGCAGCCUCCAAACCAAGUCAAGUGCAAACCCCAAGCGUGCGCCUCCAGUGCAGACACGGUGGAAUAGCGAUGAUGCCAGCCCGGUCAAACUCCGGGAAUGGGGCUUCGAAGAUAUCAACGCCGCCCUCCCAACCUCAACACCUGACUCCCCGUCUCACAAGCCUAUAAUCCUCAUCGACGUACGCGAGCCCGCCGAACUCAAAGGCUCGGGCAUAAUUCCCUCUGCAGUGUGCAUCCCUCUCGCAUCACAGGGAGAUGCAUUGUACCUCACGCCGGACGAGUUCGAGACCCGGUUCGGGUUCGCGAAGCCUGAUCCUGCGGAGGGCGAGGGCGAGCCUGCGCAGAUGGUCUUCUAUUGCAAGGCUGGUGUGCGGGCCAAGGCAGCGGCGCAGAUGGCUGUGCAAGCUGGAUAUGACCCUGCUAAUAUUGGGGUUUAUAUGGGUAGUUGGUUGGACUGGGAGAGGAAUGGGGGAAGGGUUGAGAGGUGGGAGGGGGAUGAUAUUUGA